AUGCAGGAUUAGCAUUCAAUCAAUGUAAGAUUGAUAGUAUACAUCUUAGAUUGAAAUUAUUUCCUAUUCAUAUGAGGGUACAACCAUAUUUUAUUAAAUUUCAGUCAAAUUUGGAAUUAAAUAAUGGAUUGUAUAGAAGAGAUAUUCACAAUUUGAAGAAUUGAAUCGUGCACUUGAAUUGACGUAUAAACAGUUGCCUUUAUUGCCUAAGAAAAAUUUUAUAACUUUUUUAGUUGGAAAGUCAAUUGAAUAAAUCAAUGAACGUAAAUAUGGAUUAUAAUGCUAUUUGUAAAAUUUAGCUUCUAGAAAAGAAAUAUUUGAAAGUGAAAUUUUUAAAUCAUUUAUAAAACUAAAGUAAACAGAAUAGCUAAUCAAACAAGAAUUAUUCAAAGAAAAUGUUAUUGAAGAAGUGUAAAAUCCUAUCUAAUUUUAAUAAGAAAUUUAGGAUAUUUAAAAAAAUUAACUUACUUCUAAAGUAGUAUUAAUAAACAAAAGAGAUUAAUCAUAAUAAACAUCAUUCAUCGAAAACUAAAUAAUUGAAGAAAAAAAUAACUCUUUCGAAUAAUUUGAUAAUUAAUCAUCAUCUUAGAUCAGAGAAAAAGAUUCAAAUGAAGCUGAAUUAAUAGCAUAAAUGAAAACUUAACUUUAAGAGUUUUAUGAUCAAAUUAAUGAAAAAGAUAUUAUAAUUUCUAAUUUUAAUUAAAAAGAACUUGAAACUUAAGAAUAUUAUAAUUAAUAAAUUUAUGAAAAAUAAUAUUAAAUAAAUGAAUUAAAUGGAUAACUUAGAAAAUAGGAAGAAUCAUAUAUACUAUUGGAAAAAUAAUAUCAAGACACCCAAAAUUAUAUUGAAGAAUUGAAAAUAAAUCUUCAAUAAAUUUAACAAUAAUCACAGUAGUUAGAAUCUUAAAUUUAUGAAUAAUAAAACUUAAUCUAAUAAUAAUUUACUUAACUAGGGUAUGAGAAUUUAAGUCAAACAUAAUUAUAACAAAUAAUAAUUGAAUAAUAGAGGAAGCUAGAUGAAUAAAUAGAAAUUAAUAAAGAAAAAGAACUUGAAUUUAAAUACGAAUUAGAAAAGCAUUAUUUAGUUGAAACAGAAAGAGAUUAAUUAUUUUAAGAAAAUUAAUUGUUAAAAAACUAAUUAGAUGAAGAAAUAUUAUAAAGAAAUGAAUAAAUGGAAACAAUAGAAUAAUUAAAGGUAGAAUUGGAAUAUUUAUAAAUUUAAAUUAAGGAAAAAUAAGAGUUAUUAGAUAUUAAAAAUGAAUUAUCAUGA